AUGUUGAUGACAGGAAUUUCCAGUCUGAAGGGUCCAAGACUCUUGCAUUUGAUCAGUCUGACCUGCUCAGUCGCAUUUGUACUCUUCGGAUAUGAGCAAGGGGUAAUGGGCGGUGUCAUUACCGGUCCAGCCUUCACCAAACAAUUCCCUGCAAUUAACACCACAACCGGCAAUGGCAGCUCAACGCUCCAGGGUCUAGUGGUAGCCAUUUAUAAUAUCGGCUGUUGGGCCGGGUCUCUGUUGACCAUGUUUAUUGGCGAGAGACUGGGUCGCAAACAUACUGUUGUUGUUGGUGCAUUUGUGCUUGCAGUGGGCACUGCCAUUCAGUGCUCAGCUUUUCACAUUCCCCAACUCAUGGUUGGAAGAAUUAUUACGGGUACUGGGAAUGGGAUAAUAACGUCCACGAUUCCAGUGUGGCAUGCGGAACUAGUCCAAGCAAAGACGAGAGGGAAGUUUAUUACGACAGAGCUUUCAACUAACGUGGGCGGUGUGGCAGUAGCAUACUGGGUCGACUAUGGAUUCGGCUUUGUGGAUAGUGGCAUGCAGUGGCGGUUCCCAAUUGCUCUUCAGAUUGUCUUCGCUUUGUCGACUAUUGCCUUGAUAACCUUUCUCCCCGAGACACCUCGGUGGCUUCUCUCCCACGAUCGAACUGAGGAGGCCAUGGAAGUUCUCGUGCGUUUAUACGAGCACGAAGGCGUUGAGAUUGCUGAAAGAGAGAGACUGGAGAUCAUCACUGCAAUUGCUCAGGAGAGGCUAUCUCAGGAACGAAUGGGAGGGAAAGGACCCAUUCGGACGGUCUUUUCCAAUGGCGAACAACGCAUUUUCCACAGAACCAUGCUAGGCGCGGGCUCCAUGAUUAUGCAGCAACUGACAGGGAUCAAUCUGAUCACAUACUAUGCCCCAUACAUCUUUAUUAAGAGUGUUGGAUUUAGCCCACGCCUAUCGAGCUUGAUGUCAGGUUUCUUGAGCUUAUUCUAUUACCUUUCGACCCUCAUUCCAAUUUUUAUUAUUGAUCGAACAGGACGCCGACCUCUUCUUCUAGGAGGACUAAUCGGAAUGUGCAUGGGGAUGUGCAUUUUGGCAGGAACAACCUCCGUUGUUGCCUUCGCCCCAGGAAUUGCUGCCACCGUGGCCCUGUUCUUUUAUGACUUCUGCUUCGGAGUAGGCUGGAUCCCCGGGCCAUGGCUGCUAACUGCAGAAUACGCACCUUUGGUGACGCGCUCACAAUCGGCUGCAUUUUCGACUUCAGCAACAUGGCUGUUUACGUUCAUCGUGGCGGAGAUUACCCCACCUGCAAUUUCGAAUAUUGGGUAUAAGACCUAUAUUAUCUUUGCGGCUUUGAAUGCUGCCUUUAUCCCGUUGAUCUACUUUUUUUAUCCGGAGGCAAGUUUAAGUUCCCUUUGA